AUGAGCUUCAAGGACACUUGGGUAAAGCUCUCUCAUGCCAUCCGCGAGAUCCAGAACAAGAACGCUCCAAAGAUCUCCUUUGAAGAGAACCACCGCUAUGCGUACAACAUGGUCCUCCACAAGCAAGGCGAACAGCUCUACUCUGGCCUCAAGACGAUUGUUGCAGAGUACCUCGACCGACUGGCCGAAGAGCGGAUAGUGCCCGCGUUCCCUCGCGCCAGUGGCACCGCUGGCACGAGCGCACUCGGUAGCGGCGCAGAGGCAGUUGAACGUGCGGUCGAGGGUGACCGGUUCCUGCGCGCCGUCAAGAGUGUGUGGGAUGACCACGUCGGUGCUAUGCUCAAGAUCAAGGACAUUUUGCGUUACCUGGAUAAGGGCUACACGACGCAGAACGGACUCCCGACAACGCUCGAAGUUGGACUGGUAUUCUUCCUCUCCCAUAUUGUGCGGUCCACAAACCAUCCCAUUCACACCCACUUGGUCGCGACGCUCCUGUCCCAGGUCCAACUCGAGCGCGAUGGCCAUACCAUCCAGCGCUCAACAGUACGCGACUGUGUCGAUUUCCUCCUCCGUCUCGAUAACCCGGAGCGCUUGGGUGGCCGGUCAGUCUACGCAACAGACAUUGAGCCCGAGUUCCUCCGUCGCAGUGCAGAGUUCUAUCGCCUCGAGGCCGUCCAAUAUCUUGAGACGGGUGACGCACCGGCGUAUCUCAGGAAUGUCGAGCGCCGCUUUGCAGAAGAGGCCGACCGCACUGCGCACUACCUCUCCUCGCUCACCUCGGUCCCUCUGCAGGCGCUCCUGGUCGAGAACCUUCUCACAGCACACCUUCAGGCCAUCAUGCGCAUGCCCGGCACUGGACUGGUGGCCAUGCUCGAUGCCGACCGCGUCCCCGACCUGCGGCGGAUGUACACGUUGUUCUUGCGCGUGCCCGAUAACGGCGGCAAGGAUGCGCUUCGCCUCGCGUUGCGCGAGAGUGCCGAGGCGCGCGGAAAGGCGAUCAACGACGGUGCCGCCAGUUCGGCAGACGCUGGCAUGGAUGUUGACGAGGACAAGGACAAGGAUCCAAAGGGCAAGGGUAAAGCCAAGGCUCCCAGCGCCAUGGCGACGGCACUUGCGCAGGCACUGCGCUGGGUCCAGGACGUGUUGGAUCUCAAGGACAAGUUUGACAUUAUUCUGGACCAGGCGUUUGGAGGCGACAAGCAAGUGCAGGCGUCCAUCAAUGAGGCAUUCCAAUCGUUCAUCAACGCCAACCCCCGCGCGCCCGAGUUCUUGUCACUGUUCAUCGACGAGCACUUGAAAAAGGGUGCCAAGGCCAAGAGUGACGAGGAGAUUGAACAGGCGCUGGAAAAGACGAUCAUCUUGUUCCGCUUCCUGUCCGACAAGGACAAGUUUGAGCGAUACUACAAGAACCACCUUGCCCGUCGUUUGCUGUAUGGCCGCAGUGUCUCGGACGACGCCGAGCGCGGCAUGGUCGCCAAGCUCAAGGUCGAGAUGGGCUUUCAGUUUACCCAAAAGCUCGAGGGCAUGUUCACCGACAUGCGUCUGUCGGCCGAGUCGGCGACCACGUUCCGUCACUACCAGAACCGCCACGGCGCUGUACCGUUUGAGCUCACCGUUAACGUCCUCACGGCAAGUUACUGGCCCCAACCCAUCGUCGCCACGUCGUCAUGCUCGUUUGGUGGAACGCUCAAGGGCGCGACCGAGGUGUACCAAAAGUACUAUGAUUCGCGCCACUCUGGUCGUCGCCUUACAUGGCAAGCCAACCUGGGUACCGCCGACGUGCGCGUCCGCUUCAAGGCGCGCAGCCACGACCUCAACGUCUCGACGCAGGCAUUGGUCGUGCUUCUCCUCUUUGAGGAUGUGCCCGAGGAUGAGGUGCUGAGCUACAACGAGAUCAAGUCGGCAACAGACCUCGCCGACGCCGACUUGCAGCGUACCCUGCAGUCAUUGGCAUGCGGUAAAUUCCGCGUUCUGACAAAGACUCCCAAGGGUCGUGACGUCGGUGCCAACGACACGUUUGCGUUCAACGAUGGGUUCACCAGUCCCCUUGCCCGCAUCAAGAUUAUGCAGGUGGCGAGCAAGGUCGAGACGCCCAAGGAGCGCGAGGAGACACAGGAGAUGGUGGAUGAGGAGAGGAAGCACCAGGUGGAGGCGUGUAUUGUCCGUAUCAUGAAGGACCGCAAGACGAUGAGCCACAACGACCUCAUUUCCGAGGUGGCCCACCAGCUCAGCAGCCGCUUCCAGCCGAGCAUGUCGCUUAUCAAGAAGCGCAUUGAGGGCCUCAUUGAUCGCGAGUACCUUGAACGAACAAACGACAUUGGCGUGUACCGAUACCUGGCGUAG